AUGGAAAACUUGAGAGUGCUUAUUGUGGGGGGAACUGGGUACAUAGGAAAAAGGUUGGUGAAGGCAAGUUUGGCUCAAGGAUACCAAACAUUUGUUCUUCAUAGGCCAGAGAUUGGUGUUGACAUUGAGAAGGUUCAGCUUCUCUUUUCAUUCAAGGAGAAAGGGGCAAAGCUAGUGUCAGGUUCCUUUAAUGAUCAUCAGAGCCUAGUGAAUGCUGUGAAACUAGUUGAUGUUGUCAUUUGUGCCAUAUCUGGUGUUCAUGUCCGCAGCCACCAAAUCCUCCUCCAACUUAAACUUGUUGAUGCAAUCAAAGAAGCUGGAAAUGUCAAGAGAUUUCUCCCUUCAGAGUUUGGGACUGAUCCGGCAAGAAUGGCACAUGCAUUAGAGCCUGGAAGAAUAACAUUUGACGACAAAAUGGUCGUAAGAAAGGCCAUUCAAGAGGCUGGCAUACCAUUCACCUAUAUUUCUGCUAAUUGCUUUGCUGGUUACUUUCUUGGUGGGUUGUGUCAAAUUGGCCAUAUAAUACCCUCUACGGAUUCUGUGGUCAUAUAUGGAGAUGGAAACGAAAAGGGGAUCUAUGUGGAUGAAUAUGAUAUAGCCAUGUACACUAUCAAAAGCAUAGAUGACCCCAGAACUCUAAACAAAACAGUUUACAUUAGGCCACCUGAGAACAUAUUAUCACAGAGAGAGGUUGUCCAAAUUUGGGAGAAACUGAUUGGGAAAGAGCUGCAGAAAACUUCAAUUUCGGCAGAACAGUUUCUAAGUUCCAUGGAAGGGCAACCAUAUGAGCAGCAAGUGGGAAUGAUACAUUACUACCAUGUUUGCUUUGAAGGAUGCCUCGCAAAUUUUGAGAUAGGAGAAGAAGGGGUUGAAGCUUGUGAACUGUAUCCUGACAUCAAGUACACUACUGUUGAAGAGUACAUGAAACGCUAUGUAUAA